UGCUACACACGGGGAAAUCGAGAAUGGAGGGACCGGGUCAAUUGAAAUGGGACAUCGUGCCUCAGAAUGGCAGGAACUGUUUCUUCACACAAGCGUCGUAUGAGAAAUAUUCCUUGGAACCAACUCUUGCUGAACUUUUCCUCCUUGCCAACAAGGCAGAGACAUCUCUCCCAAAAGCCUGUAAGACAGAUGAAAGGCUGCCCGACUCAGAGCCCUCUGACCCAGAGAAAGCUGAUGAGGUGAAAUGUACAGCUGAUGGACCAGCUCUCCCGGAACCCCGCGUUGCCUAUCCCCGUUUCUCGUUACUGACUGAGUUUGAGCAGAAGUCAUAUGUUCAUCUCAUGAUUAAAUACCAUGGCAAGAAGGACUUCGUUCCCAGGGGUCUGGAGCGGAGUGAAUAUAAACAGUAUGAGUUCUUGAAAUCUAGAGUAAGCAGCGAAUAUGCAGAGUUCCAGAAGUUUCUACAGCAAAGCGCCCGCAGCUGUGCAGAGGACUACAACUGGCUUUCUGCGGAUGCCCAGCUCUAUACUCAGGAAUUACUAAAAGCCUGCCAAAGAUAUGUGAAGACAUAUCCAGAAUGUUAUACUCUUCAUGAAGUCACCAGUAUCCUGGGAGGAAAGUUUAUCCCCAACCUGACCCUAAAGUUGGAGAAGAGCCUUCUUACUAUGGGUUCAGCCCCAUUUGUAAAAGUUACAUUUCCUACUGUUGAGAUGGAGCUUCCUACCACAUUCAAGAGACUGUCAUCUAAUGUCUCCCCGGCAAGUAAAGCUGCCCUUAUGCAUACGACAGUGAGCUCAGAUCCUAAUGCAACAAAGCUUGCCACAAAAUACCGUCCACAGGUAGUUCUGACAUCUCAGGUGUUGUAUACCCUUCUUAACAACCACGGGACUAGCUAUAAAGAACAAUGGGAGAUUCCUUUACGCGUGGAAACCAUAACUUCAGCAGGAGGCAAGCAGGCUAAGAUAGCUUAUAUGGAUUCGCCCCUUCCCAAGAAGGAGCUGAGCAUGCGAGAGAAAAGUCAGAUGUUUCAUGAGGUUUCCCUGGAUCUGAUCAUGUUAAAGAAAUCUGGUGUUGUGCUGAAGGCCAUGAAGCUGGACAGGCCAGAGUUUGAAACUUAUAGUCGAUCAAGAAUGCAGGAGCCUUGUGAAGGCAUGGAAGUGGAUUUUGAAAGUGACUUGACCGAACUUGAAACCUUUGGAGCUGUUGAAACGCCUUCUAAGGCAUCCAAGACCCUUGAAUCUGUAACAACUAAUGAAUCUAUACAUACAUCUAUAAAUAAAUCACUGUUGGAAAAAUUAAAACAAGAGAAGCAAGUUACCAAUCGUACAAUUUCUGAAGAUGACAAGAACAUCUCUGCUCCCACAGCAAACACUAGCAUCCAUUCCCUGUGGUCAGACUCGGAUGGUACAGAUUCUUUCAAAGGCUUUGAGUCAGAUGAGAUACGAGACUGCAUGGUGAGUGAAGAGAACAGCGAAGACGAUUCUGGCUCUGACAAAAAGAGCAAAAACGUGAUGCAGUCUUUUUCUAAACCCACCUUGCCUGUAGUAGCCAAGCAGCCAUGCACAAUGGAAGAAAUGCACAGUGACUCAGAGGAAGAACGUCUUGUCAUCGAUAUUGACCUUGAAAAUAACAGCAAAGAGAUGAACGUCUCUAUGGUAGAGUGCAGUACUCCUCUAUCCCCACCACAGAGUCAGCCAAAGAAAACUGCUAAAAGGUUCUCUAAGCAAUUUGAUCCUGUGGGUGAAAUACUAAAGAUGCAAACUCUUCUCCUGAAACCAGAAUCAAAAAAAUCACAAGAGGCUGGUGGAGUGAGCCAAGAGAGGAGUGGGCAGUUGCUGGAAAAUACUGUACCUGUACAAGUGUCCUCUAGCAAGGAGUUGUCUGAAGUAGAUGAGGACAUUCACAGGAUAAAGUCCCUGAAUCAGCCACCAGACAUUAAAAAAUCUUUACUUCCAGAUGAGCUGCUGAAGUCCAUUGAGGAUGAGGCUGCAUACACAGUGAAGCCUGAGGACAACUGUGCCUAUAGACUCUUCAGUUUGGAUGACAUGCUCUUGUUGAUUCAAAGUAGAGUCCAAAAAGCACUCACACAGCGACGAGCAAAAGAUAACAGCACGCGAAAGCACAUCCCCGUUUACGUACUGACUAAGAUGGAUUAUCAGUGCAAUUAUGGAGCAGAAGUGCUGACAGAGAGUGAAACCUGCCGCCUUUGGACCGAGAGCCUCGUACACCCCAGCACCUUGUUUUACAUCGGUCACAUCGAUGCCUUGACAUCCAAAUUCUUCUUGUUGGAAGAAAUCCAUUCAGAGGCGCUGAAGGACAGACUCGGUAACAUCAACCCUACGAACAGUCUUGUGAUUCUCCGCCAUAUCCUCAAACGUGUUACUGGUCUGCAGGAUGGAACUUACCUCUUGAGUCAUGCGUCUGGAGACUCCUCAGUCCACAUCUACAAGAGUAUCUCAGAAAUGAAAAGAGGAGGCUACAACUUACACAGGGCCCACAGUAGCCUCCCUAAGGCUCCUUCUUCCCUCUCUGUCCCUUGGGUGCCCUUGGACCCCAAUAUCCUGUUGCCUUGCCACACACAUAAUGGAUGGCCACCUUGUACCUUUCCACCUCAGUUGCAUAUGAAAACUAACAUUCAGGAGAAUAAAGGAACGCGAUCCAAGGUGUUUAAAAAAGACCGAUCCUCAUCAAAGCCAGCUCCAAAGGCGGCCAAAGGCCAGGCACCAAAGAAGAAAAACAAAGGGCAGAGAUUAAGCCGACUGAAAAGGUGGAAUGAGACGAGAGAGCAGUGGAAGGCAAAAGCUAAAUCGCAGACAAAAACAUGAGUGGAGUCUGGUGGAGGGAAGAAUCUUACCAUGUAUUUAAAUCAUUGCGUUAGCAAUGGAGAUCUGAUAAGGAUAUAGCAGAGUUCCAGUUGUCUAUUUUGUUCUGACUGGAGACGAAUGGUGAUUUAAAGAUGAAGACCAUGCUAGAAAAGGGUAGUCAUUAACCAGACUUAAACUCUUUUGAGUGAAAUUUCAAGUAUGUGACACUGGGCACUGAAAAGGAUAUUUGAAUAUGCAUUAUUAUGGAACACAUACUGCAUCAUGGCGUAAACAACCUCCAGUUUUUAAGUUCCCCACCCCACAUACAGUGAUAUUGUAAGCACACUUCACAAUCUCUAUGUAUGGGCAGGUGUCCUUUAUGUCUGUAAGCAUUCUGGGUUAUUAAUUCUAUUCAAGACUAAGCCUGCCUGUAGGAAUAAAGGGGUUGGUGUACAAGCUUCGCCAUGGUUUGAUGAAAGGUUUCUAGUGACUGGCACACCAGUCAUGGCAGUGCCUUUUCGUAUUACAGGACUUAUAACACACUGGCGUUGUAUCACGGCUCAGUAGAUACCACCAUAUUUAAUAAUCCAACCGUUAUCUGGUGUUUUGUAUCUUUGUUUAGUCUUGCUGCUGACUCUUGUUUUUGUUACAUGGUAGGGUUAGAAUUACAUUACAGGAAGAAACAUAACUUCUCCCUGACCUUAACCAUUGUAGAAAUUGUAUUUGCAAGCCAUAGACUCAUAAAUUCUAGAGCAAUGCAGGAAAACAUGAAAUAAUAUUUUUUUUCUGGGGAAAAAAAGCAAUAAAAUAUUUUUAUAUUCAAAGUGAAAUGUUUCGUUUUUCUUCAGUUUUUUUGAGAAAUUAGUAAUACGAAAUGUGAUUUUAAAUGUUUGUUAACUUCCAUGGAAGUGAUUCCUCACUAGUAGUGUAAAGGGGGUUGACCGAUACAAUAUGUAUGGUCUUGAUUU